GCUAGUAUCGAUCGUGAGAACUGGUGAGAACACGUCACACACAAUGGACGCUACGGUUUGUAUAAUGGUGAGCACGUAACUGUUUAUCGUGUAUUGCAUCACAAGAAAGCAAGUUAUGGUGUGCAUCCUGUGUCAAAUAAAUGAAAACCGUUAAAUGCGCUUGAAUCGAUGAGCAUUCUUUGGUGAGGUGCGAAUUGUGUUAGUGAAGAAAAUACCAGUGUCACGUAAGUGUGUACGAGCCACUGAAGGUCUUGUAAAACAUCAAGGACUUAUCUUCGCAAAACAUGAACUUUUCUAAGAUUGAUGAGGAUAUAUAAUCAUUUUACAUAUCCGUAGUGGUGCCAAGACAUAGCUAAAACCUGUUUUAACGAUGAACUUUUGUAGGCAUAGCGUUCGCGCUUUAAAAGACUAUAUAUUGAAACUUUUCCAAAAAACGGGUAUAUUAUGUGUCAUGAAAUAUAGAAGAAUGUUAAGGACUGAUUAUAUUAUUCGGUAAAAUUAGGGCUUAACGUUUAAAUUGAAAAGAUAAAUUUAAUUACAUAAAUUUUUACAACCGGUAUUUUUAUGUUAUAUACGGACGAUUCAUAAUAACAAUCGUGAGACGUCAGUUAAAACGGUAUUUUAUUAUUAUAAAUUUUAACGAAAACUAAACCAUAGCGCGAAACAAUUUUGAUUGUGCAUAGCUGGAACAUGAACAUUUUGUGAUAAUGUUAGAUGUAAAUUGGAAACUGCUAUGGAUUAUACACACGUUCUAAUUAAAGUAUACGAAGACAAUUUUAGUAUCAAGAGUUAUAAACCAAUGCAAGUUUUUGGCCAAUGGAUUUCUUGAAUAUAAUAAAACAUUAUAAAAACUACAUCUUUUACCACAGUGACUUUAAAUUGGAUAUUAUGUGCGAUCUUCUGAAUCUUCUUAUACUAAAAACAUUACUGAGUUGUUUGCUACCGUGUAAUUAUCGUAAGAUAAAAUAUUUAAAGGUGCCAGCACAGCAUCGGUCUUACACGGUAACGUCCUGUAUUCCUAAAAAGAUAGAGCCUGGAUGAAGGAAUCAAUAAAGAACUGAUCUUCAAGCCUAUAUCAUAUUAGUAUCAAGGACAAUUUCAAACUAGAAGAAGAAGAAGAAGAAGAAGAAGAAGAAGAAGAAGAAGAAGAAGAAGAAGAAGAAUGGACAACAACGCAGAUGCAGAUAAUUUAAAUCUAAGUUGUGGAGAAAAUGAUAUAGUGGAUGAAUUAAAAAUUGGAGCUGAUGAAACAUAUGAUACACGCAGUGAAGUAUCAUCCAGCAGCUCGAAUUCAGAUUCUAGUCAACCUAGUAUAAGUUCCAUUUCUACUAAAUCAUCGCGUGGGGAUAACAAGAGGAAUCGCAAGAAUAAAGGAAAACGUGCUAGGUCAAGAGAAUCUAAAUCUUCCAGUCCCGAAACUAAGCGUGCAAGAUCUAAGGAGAGCAAAGGACUUGCUAAGAGUUAUGACUAUGCAACGAAAUUGAAUUACUUAUUUAGAGAUGCAAGAUUUUUCAUCAUCAAGUCUAACAAUGCUGAGAACGUAACCCUUUCCAAGGCCAAAGGAGUAUGGAGCACACUUCCUCAGAAUGAAGCUAAUUUAAACCAAGCGUAUAGAGAAUCACGGAACGUAUUGCUUAUUUUUUCUGUAAAAGAAUCAGGAAAAUUUGCUGGUUUUGCAAGGCUCAGCACUGAAUCUAGAAGAGAUGGAGCACCUAUUUCAUGGGUUUUACCUCCUGGCUUAUCUGCAAAAGCAUUAGGUGGUGUAUUCAAAGUAGAUUGGAUAUGUAGAAAAGAAUUACCAUUUACAGCAACAUUGCAUUUAUAUAAUCCUUGGAAUGAUGGCAAGCAAGUUAAAAUCGGUAGAGAUGGUCAAGAGAUUGAGCCUCGUGUCGCAGAAGAAUUGUGCAGAUUAUUUCCUGAAGAUGAAGGGAUAGAAAUGACUCCAAUCUUAAGAAAGUCUAAAGAAGCAGCUAAACAUAUUAUUAAAUCAACACGUUCAUACAGAGAUAGUAGACCUAUCAGUAAUAAUAGUAGAUUUUUACGUACUCGAGGCAGAGGACGUCGACUUUUCCUGACAUCAAGAUCACGAUUAGCUUCUUUAGCGAGAGGAUCACACUUAUCCAGUGGAGAACAUAGAGGCUCAAGGGAUCAUCAUCAUCAUCAUCAUCAUCGAUACACUAAUUGGUUUAAUAGAGGAGAUUCACCUUAUUCAAAAGGAUAUGGUAACACUGGUCUGGGCGUAGCUGCUGCUGCUGAAGCUUAUGUUGCAGAUUAUAUGCGUACUAUGCAGCAUCAAUUACCACCAUUGCCACCUUAUGCUGCACCACAUCCAUAUGAUCCUCUACCUCCACCACCACCACCCCCAAGAUAUUAUGAUGGCUUGCCACUACCACCCGACUAUACUGCAGCUGCUUCAGCACUUGAAAAACGCAGUUAUGAGCGAAGUGUAGAUGAAUUUUUAUGGAGAACAGCAAGUCGUCAUAACCGACAUAGUGAUCAUCGAUCAUCUCGUGAUCACCAUCAUAGAUACAGAGACCGUAGAUAAAUCACAUUUUAAAUAUUUUUUUGAGUAUACACAUAUAUAUUAAUUUUUCGAUUUAUACACAACUAUCAACUAUCCUUAUUAUGAAUAGAUAAUAGCAUGUAUUGAUUUUAUAAAAAAGAUUCGUCUAGACAUUGAGACUUAUUUAAGUCUGCUAUUAUAUGCACUUAUAUAUUAUAUAAGUAUUUUUUUAUUACUUUUAUACUACUAACUUUUAGUUCCUUCUUUUUAUGACAAAAAAAAAAAGAAAAAAAAAACAAAAAAAAAAAAUUAUAUGUAACUAAGUGUUAUACUCCGUAACAUUUAUCCAACUAUUCUACUAAUCUAUGCUAUCACUUCAGAAAUAAUAUUAAUAACAUGUAAAAAUUCAUUUUAGUUCUUUGAAUAAUCUAUAAAAAUGGUGUCGGAACUAUACUCUAAAUAUAAUAUACAAUAAGUAUCACUUUUGUCUAACGUGAAUACCCUCAUUUUUUUUUUCAUGUGUUAUUUCCUUAGUCUUUUAUCUAAUAUCAAUGCCCAUUCUAAGUAUAUAUAAUAUUAUUAGAAAUAUAUAUAAUUUUCAAACUAUUAACAUCAUUUUAUCUAAUCACAUAUUAUAGAAUUGCAUUAUAUAUGUUAAUCAGAACAUCCUCUUUAACACAAUUAAUAUUUUUAUAGAAAUAGACAUCAGAUGUAAGAAAACAUUUUUAAAAUGAAACUAACAAAUACUGAGGAUAUCCACAUUAGAUGAUAUUGUCAAUUUGAAAUAUAUUCAUUCGAUUUUAUUGUACAUGGAAUUCAAAUCAUAUCUAUAUCUACGCUUUACAUUAUUUUAGCGAAGUAAGAUCUUUAUAUGUGAAAUCUUAACUGUAACUUUGAUAUACUACAUGUUUUUACAGCAUACAUAUAUGUAACAUUUAUAGUCAAUUUCAUAAGUCGAUAUGUUGGCUUAAUAGAAGACACUGCCAUAAAUAAAAACAUAGAUUAACAGUGCAAUGGAAUAAAGUUUAAAUAUACAAUAGAGACAUAUGCAUUUGAUAGAAAAAUAUGUAUGUGCAAAAGA